UUAGACACCCUCCCAAUCCCAUUGCGCACAGCGCCGCUUUACAACCACUCCGAUCAGCUCGUCGACGAUAACUCGCGCGCUUCUCGCGCUCAUCGGCAUCCUCUCACCUUCACAGCAAACCACGCCCCCGGACCUUGCGUCCUGACGACAACCCCGCGAGUGCCCGGCUUCGGUGAACACCGACUCAAUUCGUCCAACAUGGACCACAUGGGCUUCCAGAUGCCUCAUAUGGGGGGACCGCCCCAGAUGAUGAACCAGCCGCCCCAGAUUUUUGGCGCUUACACGCCCGACGGCCUGCCCGUCACGCAUAUGCCCCCCGACCUUGCUGCUCACAUGUUUGGGGACCCGUCUACCCUUCUCGACGAUGCAAACGAGGCAAAGAGAAGAAGGAUUGCGAGGGCUUGUGACAUGUGUAGGAAGAAGAAAAUCAAGUGCGACGGCAAGAUGCCUGCCUGCAGUCAUUGCAUAAACUACAAGACGGAUUGCGUAUUCACUCAGGUCGAAAAGAAGCGCAAUCCGCCAAAAGGAGCUAAAUACAUUGAAGGGCUCGAGAACCGUCUAGGCCGCAUGGAGAAUCUGUUGAGGCUGUCAGGUCUUCUUGGCGAAGACGACGACGGUGACACGGAUCUGGGCACACUCGAAAAGCGAUUGGCAGAGAAACAACAGCAGUCGAGACAGGCAUCCCAAGCUGCGUCUAACCCUACAUCUCCGUCCCAAGCAACAUCGGGGCAGAACGAGGCCAUGUCAACGCCGCACAGCGCUAUAACGUCACCCGAGCCUACCAAAGAAUCGCACAGAGAUCCCAAGGAUGCCGACAAGCGCCGGGCCUCCGUAUCCGAGGAGAAGGGUAACGAGGAGGAGGUCGAGGCGCUUUCAGAGCUCAUGUGCUCUCUGGUCACCAACCAAAGUGGCGAGACGCGAUACAUCGGUUCCUCGUCAGGCUUCUCCAUCUUUUCGCCCAAGGGUAUUCAGUGGGUGAACGAGAAGACGGGCGACAACUCGUUCCAGCAAAUGAUUUCCGAAGCUUCAAUCGACGACCACAAGUGGACCGCCUGGAAACCCGAGGUUUUCAGCGACUUGUUCCGCCGCCCAGUCUUCCGGCCACUGCCUCCCAAGACGGAGGCGUUGUCUCUGCUGAAAGACUUCUUUGAGAACUUCAACUGCAUGUUCCCAUUGUUUCAUCAACCCACGUUCAUGCAUCUGGUCGAGCGACAAUAUUCCGACGAUCCGUACGAGGGCACCGGUUGGUGGGCGAGUUUGAACUGUGCUCUGGCUUUUGCCCAUCGCCUGCGUGUCAUGAGUAAUCUUGUACCGCAGGAGGAGGACGAUAAGGCUUGGGGUUACAUGAAAAACGCGUUGGGGACUUUUGCCGAAUUAUCGAUGCGCAACACAGAUUUGCUGAGUGUACAGGCCUUGCUCGGAAUGGCCCUCUUUAUGCAAGGAACUCCCAACCCUCAACCGACAUUCCUUCUGGUCGCCACAUCCAUUCGUCUUGCACAUAGCAUUGGCCUUCACAAGAGAGGAACUGGCUUCAACCUCAACCCCAUUGAGAUUGAGCAGCGUAAGCGAGUGUUCUGGAUCGCUUACAUGCUGGAUAAGGACCUUUGCCUCCGAGCGGGCCGCCCGCCAGCUCAGGACGAUGACGAUAUGAACGUCGAGUUACCCGAUGCUGAUCCGGAAGACAACAUUGGUAACAUUCCUUUGGCUGAUGGUAAGGGUAAGAUGAACCUCUUCCGGGUCAUGUGCGAGUUUGCGACAAUUGAAAGCAAGGUCUACUCUCGACUGUACUCGACCAAGGCCACAAAGCAAUCGAGCGGAGAGCUCCUCAACACCAUCGGAGAGCUCGACCAGGAACUCGAGGAAUGGAAGGACAGGAUUCCGAUCGAUUUCAGACCAGAGCACGAGAUCAAGGCGUCGCAUACGCCUCUCAUCUUGCACGUUGCCAUGCUCCACUUGACUUACUACAACUGCUUGACGACGAUCCACCGCAUGUCAGUCCACCACGGCUACUGGACAAGUCGCCUGUCCAACUAUGCCAUUCAGGGUCUCAACGCCAAACCCCUCAAUCCCCGCGUCUUCUCUUCUGCGGCGCUCUGUACCGCUGCCGCCCGAGCAUCGAUCUCGCUUCUCAAGUACAUGCCACAGGGAGAUUCUCCAAGUGUUUGGCUUAUUCUGUACUUCCCAGUAUCGGCCUUGAUGACAUUAUUCGGAAAUAUUCUGCAGAACCCAAUGGACCCAAGAGCCAAGUCGGAUACCAAGUUGAUGAAUCUCGUGGUCAACUUCUUGUCCAUGCUCGGUCAGGAAGCAGAGACCGGAGGUGUGCACCGUAUGCUCGGAGUGUGCUCAGAGUUUGAGAGGAUAGCCAAGCUUGUCAUCGAAAAGGGGGAGAAGGAGCAGUCUUCGCGGAGGAAACGAAAGAGCGACGCCGCUGUCAAGACGUCGUCAAGUCCCGCCGCAUCAACACACACACCUAGGCCUGUCUCAGUCACCACUCCAACUCCCCAAACCGUGAACGGUGCAGCUACAUCAUCGACGACAAACGGCCAAUUAUCACCAGACUUUAAUGGAGAAGCGAAUCGGAGGAGGCACGGCUUCAGCCCCAUGACGACAACAUCGAUGCGAGAACCAUCGCCGGCACUCCCGUCUGCCGGAUGGCCGCAGGAAUUCAGCAUACCAGAACAACCAAACUUCAACAACUUUGGCGAGAUGACAGGAUUUGCAGGGCCAAACAGCGCUCGAUCGCCGCCAGUAAAUAUGGGCGGGCCGUUCCAGCAACCUCUCCUGCCGCAAGAUCUGUUCGCCCUCCCCAUGACUCUAGAUUGGGACUGGGCAGAGAUGAGCGGCGGUGCGUACCCGACUGUGGAAAACGGCAAUGUGGGUUAG